AAUUGACCAACUUUUCCAUUGUAAAUUAUCUCAGUGUUGUAACACACCUUUGGUUGUGGUUAGCGUUAGCAUACCGUGGCUUUUAAAGAUUAUGCUCGCAACAGGCAUUAUAUUAAUUAUCAGGUAACUAGCUAGCUAGCCAGCAAUAGAUAUGUAAUGUAUGUUAUUUUUUUAUUAAAACAGGCUUGCAGAUUAGACCAGUUGAUACAAAAUAGCCUCUGGUUCUAUAGCACGCAAGUUCAACAAGCUGUUAGCUAUCCUAGCUCGUAAGCGUUAGCUACGUGCCUGGUUUAUUCGGGCGAUCUAGCUAACGACAUGAGAUAUCAAGAUGCCUAUGCUACACGUCACACGUUGCUAGCUAGCUGUGGGAAUACUUUACCAGAAAAAAUGUUGACUUGCUACGACCGAAUAAUUAGGGAGCCAGCCUUUCCAUAACGUUGCAAUUUGCACCUAUUGCUGUGUAACUUACUGGUUACUUGCUUAUUAGCGAGCCAACCUCAUGAGAUACAUUUAUAGUAUAAUUAUUCAUGAACAUUAGAAUAAUGUCAUCGUUAGGAAUGGCCAUGUAGAUAUGCUGGCUCUAGCUAACUAGCGACACAAGCUAAAGAAGAUGGCGGCAGUGUAGCCAUCAGUUUCGGACCUGACCAGCCAGCCCUGCCUCUGUGAAGAAUGGCUGUGGACAUACGACGCCGCGAACAAUGAUGCACCAGGGCCAAAGCAGUCCAGAUGGUAUCCAGGAGACGGGCAGAGUAAGGAAGAAGGACAGGCAUGCCCCCAGCCCCUCGGCUGCUGUCGUUGGUCACCCUAAGUCACAGGACAGCCUCCCUGUGUUCCUGUUCCCCACAGAGCUGGUGUUCUACGCUCAGGAGCACAGCUCACACAGAAGGGUCCUAACCUUCUAUAAUCCUUACAGCUUUGUGCUGAGGUUCAAAGUGCUCUGCACAGCUCCUGCUCUCUACACGGUAGUUGAAGCGGAGGGCAAUGUGAGGGCCCGGUCCUGUGUAGAUAUUGUAGUGCGGCACCAGGAUGUCAGCUCCAGGAACUGGGGGCGAAGGGACCGCUUCAGGCUGGAGGUGUCGGGAGGGGGGCAGAGGGGGACGCGGGAAAUCUGGGCCGAGCUGAGGGGGGGUGAGGGAGCGGAGAAGCCCCUGGAGACCCCUCAGGGAAGAGCUGCACCUCCAAUGAGCUCGGCAGCCAUGUUCCCUCCGGGGGUACUGAACCCCGACAGAGGUCGUGACGCCUCCCUGUUCGCUCUCUACAUCGUUGUCGGGCUGGUGUGCAUCACCUGCCUCAUGCUCCCUUUGCACAGCGAGCCGAGCCCUCUGGUUCCACUGCACAUUCAUGUCACUGUUAUGCAGAAACUGGUCUGUGCCUACAUACUGGGCCUGCUCACCAUGGUGUUUCUACGUUGAAGUGAGAAGCGAGCGAGACUGAAAAUCUUCAAGAUUUAAAAUUGAAUUGGGUAGAUGUUUACAGACAGCUGCGGUAGCUGUAGGAAGAGGAAGACUGUAGCUGUCCUCGAAAGACUGAAGGACACUGCCUGAAAGAGGGAUUGACCAACCAACUUUCAACAGCCAGUCUUUUGCGUCAUAAAAGUCAUAAUAUGGCCAGUUUUAUCCAGCAGAAGAGUGUGUGGAGUACACUUGAGAAGCAACCAAACCCAAAAGACCGGACUGACACUGGGACUGACAAAGAACAGACCCUCUUUUUGAACAUCCGCUCUAAGACGCACAGCAGCCUCUGGAUCCCUGCUAGCGCACAUGGCAUGUUGUGUUAACUUUGCUGCAAACUACAUCGCGGGAAUGUGACCUGGCCAGUUUAUUUGAGGCUCACUGUAGCCUAGCAGGACAUUAUUGUAAGGAUCGCUUUGAGAGUUUCUUGAGGGCCAGCUUGCAGUAGACUGAACUUCUAGAAGAGAGGAUCAUUAUAGAGGAUGUCAAAAAUACAUACGUACAGUACAGUACAGUACAUGAGCCUUGAACCUGCCAUAUUAUAAACCUCCACUCCAUGCAGAUCUCACAGUAAUUUUUACCCAAGUGCUCUUGCUGUUAUUGAGCUGAAUUGUUGCUGUUUCAAUAUUCCAUAUACGUGUAUAUAUAGAUAAUUCCAUUUGCUUCAUCAGUAUAAAAUAAUUGUUGCCUGCAGCUUGUUGAAGUUGAUGGACCAAAACAUCUGCAUGUCAGCUGGAAAUGCAUGAACAUGCAGUAUGUAUGUAUGUAUACAUGGUACGUUGCUAGUGUUUAUAUUCCAUAUGUAUAUUAAAGCUCUAUUUUUAUUGCAA